AUGAAGGGCUGCGUUAACGCUUCAGUACCCCUGGUGGAGCGGCGGUCAAUGGGAUCCUGUAUGAUUCCACCUAUCACGGGUGCAAUGCAUCACACAGUUGCUAAGGAUGCAUCGGACUUGUUGAAAACCGAAUCGUGCGUGUGUGGCACGGAUUACUGUAACGCAGAAAAACCCGAAAUUACCGUACCCGAGAAGCAGAAAUGUCAAGCUUUUGUCAAUACAAAGGUUAUGGGAACGCAAAUGAGCUCCAAAAAUGUCACAUGCACUGGAGAAUUUUGUUUCAAAGUGAGUUUUUUUAUUGCCGAAAAGGGAACUAACAAACAUUAUGUUAAAAUCAAUACAGGGUGGUCCACAUGAAA